UUGUACAAAAGGCGUACAACUGCAGUUGUUCGUAGAGAAACUUUCUUAGAUAUUGUCUGUGUGGCUCUGGCUGAGUAUAAGUAUGUGGGACCCAACCAGAGAGCAGAUCUGGUUCUAGCAUGCAGAGAGACAUUUCUAGCCAUUAAAGAGAGACCUAUGCCUGGUGACAGCAAUCAGUGGUUCAGCAUCUCCGUUGUUCAAUGUUUACGGAUGUCCAAGAUAUGCUGCGUCUAUUGACUGUUAUUUCACCAAAAUAUGCACUGUCUCAUCCUAAUCUGAACUUGACAUGUAUAUACUCUAAACAGCAGCGUUUGACUUAUGUUAAAUAUGGGUUAUAAACUUGCCAGGAACUUGUGAAAGGGACUCUAGGACAAUUUUUAAAUGACUACCAAGAUGAUUUUAUUAUAGUUACAUGGUCAAAAGGUUCCCAACUCAAUUCUGGUGCCUCCACUUCUGAUUUUAUUUGCCACGCCUAAAAUCUAGACAAUCAAAGUUCCCUUCAAUGUUGUUUUGGAAGCAAGUUAUGAAGCACAAUUACACCAACUAUUUGAAAAAGGAUUUGAGUUGCAGAUAUUGCAACACUUCAAAAACCACCUAUAUCCUUUGGAUGUGUCACAGACUCACAAUGCUCAUUUUGUAUCCUGUUUCCAGGUUAGUAUCCCAUGUGAGUGUCCAUGCUGCAUAUGGAUUUUUGUUUACUUAACUUCUUGUGCUUUAAUAUGAAGUGGCGUGUGCUAAUGUUUAUAUCAAGCUGUGGUUUGGUUGUAUUUUAUGCUAGUGAUUGAUGGUGAGGAUAUUAUCUUUUACAUCAUACCAUUUUCUCUCCGUUAACUAUGAUUUUGUUUUGAGUGCAGAAUUCGAGAACGGAAGGAAUCUGUAACAAUUCUGUUAUGUGGCACUAGUGGCUGUGGCAAAUCAACUUUGUCUGCAUUGCUGGUAUCUUUGCAUUGAGAAGUAGUUGUCUUUUAGCAAUUACAAAUAUGUAGUGCCAGUUUUACUUGUUAUGUGGGCAGUAGGCUGGGAAUCACUACGGUGGUGUCAACUGAUUCCAUUAGGCACAUGAUGAGAAGUUUUGUUGAUGAGAAGGAAAACCCCUUGUUAUGGGCUUCUACUUACCAUGCAGGCGAGUGCUUGGAUCCUAUUGCUGUUGCUGAAGCAAAGGCUAGAAGGAAAGCCAAAAAGUUGGCUGGUGUGUCACAUUCACUUCCCAAGGGUGAGGCAACUGAGGGUGAUAAUUCCAGGAAAUCUGAUGGGCUGAUGCCUGAUGUGGGUGCUACUAACACAGAACUGCUAAAUCCAAAACAAAUGGCAAUUGAAGGAUUUAAGGCGCAGAGUGAGAUGGUGAUUGACAGUCUUGAUAGGUUAAUCACUGCCUGGGAAGAACGGAAAGAGUCCGUUGUAGUUGAGGGUGUUCACUUGAGCCUCAACUUUGUUAUGGGACUAAUGAAGAAACAUCCUUCGAUCAUACCAUUCAUGAUAUACAUUACAAAUGAGGAUAAGCAUUUGGAACGAUUUGCUGUACGUGCAAAGUAUAUGACUCUGGACCCAGCAAGAAAUAAAUAUGUAAAGUAUAUCCGAAACAUCAGAACAAUCCAGGAUUAUCUCUGUAAGCGUGCUGACAAGCAUUUAGUUCCAAAAAUAAACAAUACUAAUGUUGACAAGAGUGUAGCAGCUAUCCAUGCUACUGUCUUCAGCUGUCUUCGCAGGCGCGAAGCCGGGGAACUACUGUAUGAUCCUACUAGGAACACUGUCACUGUUGUUGAUGAGGAAUAUAGAAAUCAAUGUGCUGCCAAUUCUUUGAGCUCGAAAGGAAUGUUUCAGUUGAUCCAGAGAAAAGGUUCUUCAAGGCAUCUGAUGGCUCUCGUUAAUACAGAUGGGUCUGUCGCAAAGGUUUGGCCUGUUAAUUCCGUCGAUAGUGAUGGAAACCCAUUAUGGGCUGAUGGAUCAGUUCAUGGAAUAGGUAUUCCAUGGUAUGGACCUCUAAUGAUUGGCAAGGCUGAGCCUGUAAAUCUUCAGUUUGGCUUGUACGGGAUCAGUGCAUGGCCCAGUGAUGGUGGUACUAGUGGUGCUGGAAGUGUUGAUGAGUCAAGGGCUGAUGGGACUGAUACUGGCAGUAGAUAUUUGUCCUCCUGCUGCAGCUCACCAAGGCUGUCUGAUGGACCUGCAAAGGAGCUUAAGGAGGAGCAGUCAGUGCAUGGUAGUGAUGAAGAGAUUGAUGAUCCACCCGAGGUGGGCAGCGAUGAGGAUUUCAGUGAAGAUGGUGACACACGAGUCCAUGAUGAGGUAGGCUCAGUUGAUGAGGAAUCGACGAAGUCUGAUGAAGAGUAUGAUGAUUUGGCAAUGCAAGAUACGGUGAAAAAUGGCUAUUGGUCUGGUGAUGAUGACGAGUCUAAAGGGAAGCUUGGUCGUGGGGACCAUAGAACUAAUGUGCCGGAAAAUGAGGAUGGUCAAAACCAUGGUCUCUACCUCAGAACUAGAAGCGAACCAGUUCCUGGGCCCUUGUGCUCUUAUGCGUCUGUAUUUAUGGAAAACAGCGAGAGUAGAUUACAUCCUAGCAAAGUCAAAUUGAGAAAACGUUCUCUUAGUAUUCCUGCAUUGAAAAAGAAUGGUGCGGCAAUAAUUGAUCCCAUCCUUUCUGGUUCUCCUCAAAGCUAGCAUUGGUCUUAACCACCCCUUAUUUUGGCCAUUUGGCCCAUGGUAUGAGCAUCUACGUAUCCUUCGAUGUCCUAUCUGUAUAGUUAUCCUUCCAAAACUUCCACUCUCUACUUUUUUUUUUCCUUUUGUUUUUGGUUUGAUGUAAUUGUUUGGCAUGGAUUGAGAUUUUGCUGAGUGUAUUAGCAUGGUUAGAACCAGCAGAAUCAAAUUCGUGUAUCUUGAGAUGCAAAAGCGAGCGCUCGACUUGAAACAUUCAAACAAGUACCUGCCCCAGCUUUCAUAUUAGAAGCGUGCUGCUCAAUCAACGUUGGGUGAAAGGAAGAGAGGUUGAGAAUUGAGUUGUUAUUCCUAAGCUCACUUUUCUAAACUAUUUAAUGAUAUCUUGCAAUGAUUUUAGUUGAAA